ACAGGUCUCGCUAUCUUGCCCAGGCUGGUUUUGAACUCCUAGCCUCAAGCCAUCCUCCUGCCUCAGACUCCCAAACUGCUGGGAUUACAGUCAUGAGCCACCUCACUCAGCCCAGGAUAACUCUUGAUUACCUAUUGUGUGCCAGACACCUACACCUGCUGGACUGUAAAAGCUAUGAAAGGAUCUUUAUCUGUCUUUUAAAUUCAAACAAGUACUUGAUCCAUAAUAAAUACUCUAUACACAUUUACCAAAUAAGUAAUCAUUUCUCAUUUUUUAACUUAAAAAAACCCCCUAACACUCAGAGAGGAUGUCAACUUCCAAAGGUUAUGCAGUAAUAGUAAAAUCUGGAUUUAAGGCCUAUUUGACUUAAAAUCCACUCUAAAAAGAUGUUACAUGGUCUAUAACUCAGUAGGACUUACCUUGUGUACGAAGGAAAGAUGAGUUAUAAUGACAAAAUGAGAUGACAAAGGCUAAGCUAUUAGCUGUGGGAAGGAACAGAUGGUAGAUGACAGCUUGAAGAGGUCAAAAUUUGGUGAUUGUCCAAGUGUGGGAAGGACAGAAAUGGAUAGAGCCAAGGAUGAUUUUUCAGACUCUAAUAAGAGUAGGAGGCCAGGAGAAUGAUGAAAUAGGCAAAUUUGGAGAGGGAAUGGACAUGAGGAGCUCAAGUUCAUAAAUGGGCUAAUCAGCAGGGGAGGCAAAAACCCUAGAUCCAGGAAUGCUGUAUAGAUAAUAGCUUUUAUAUUUUCCUUAAAAUUUUUGAAACUGUGGUAAAUAUACAUAAAACCACUUUAACGAUUUUUAAGUUCAGUGGCAUUCAGUGCAACCAUCCUAUCUACAAAACUUCUCCAUCACCCAUUAAACAACUCUCAAUUCCCUCCUCCUCUCAGCCCGUAGCAACCACCAUUCUACUUUGUCUCUAUGAAUUUGGCUACUCUAGGUACCUGAUAUAAAUUGAAUCAUGCAGUAUUUGUCCUUCUGUUACUGAUUAUAUACCACUCAGCAUAAUGUCAUCAAGAUUCAUCCAUGUGGCAGCAAAUGUCAGAAUUUCACUCCUUUUAAAGGCUGAUUUUCCUGAAACUCUGAUUGGAAAAAUAAAGGCUGAAUAUUCCAUUGUAUGUAUAUCACAUUUUGUUUAUUCAUCCUUUAAUGGACAUUUGGGUUGUUUCCACAUUUUGGCUACUGUGAAUAAUGCUGUUACGAACUUUGGUGUACAAAUACCUGUUUGAAUUCCUGCUUUGAGUAUAUACCCAGAAGUGAAUUUAUUAUUUAAACAUUCUAUUUUAAAUUACAUCCUGUAGUAAGGUGUACACUCCUUUAAUGAAGUCUGCUAAAACUAGUUUCCCCAAGUCAACAGGAACCUCUCAAACUGUAAUGUGAAAUUAUCAUUGAGUGUUUUUUCUUUUUAGACAUGGUCUGGUUCUGUCGUCCAGACUGGAGUGCAGUGGUGCAAUCAUAGCUCACUGCAGGCUCAGAUUCCUGGGCUCAAGUGAUCCUCCGGCCUCAGCCUCCCAAAUAGUUGGGACCACAGGCAGGCACCACCAUGCCCAGCUAAUUUCUUUUUUUUGGUAGAGACGGGGUCUCACACUCCGGGGCUCAAGUGAUCCCCCAAAGUGCUGGGACUGCAGGCGGAAGCCACGGUGCCGGGCCUUAUAAUUUAAUUUUUGAAGCUUAUUGUUAGUUAUGUACUUCUUUACCUAUGACACUAGACUCCCCAAAAUGUCAAAAACAAGAUUGGUGUAAUUUAUCAUUGUGUUACCCUUAAGCUGUUAGCAUAGUGCUUUGCAUAUAGCAGGCGUUAAAUGUUUGAAAAUACAGUUCCAAUAUAUCAUUUGUGGCAUAUUAAUAGGCUAUUAAUUCAGUAGCAAAAACAUCAGCUUUUGCAUCUUUUAAAAUAUAAGUCAAUCUUUUUUCCCUAAAGAAGGCAGCUUCGUCCCUCCCCUCACCCCCCUAAUACUCUUCCAUCAUAUACAGGAAAGAAAGUACUUAUAUAUAUUAAGUAGAGUCUCCAGAGGGAAGGAUGGCAGGAUACAAUAACUUUUCCAAGAGAUCGACAGUUCUAUCCACAACACUCGGGGAAAACUAUUUCGGGGGUCGGGUGGCGGCGGAGAGGGGGCGUUGGGAGCGGAAAGAACGUUUUUCUGAACGCAGGUGUCACGGGGCCAACUUCACCCAGCCUACAUUCCUUUAAGGCCCCCGUGGACUGCUCUGGGAUGAAAGCGGAGGCUGACUGGGACUCCAGCCGCCGGCCGCCUCGCGUGGAGCCUUGCUGUUCCUCUUGCCGCCUUCCGCUGGCCAGGACCGUUUUUAGGCCUUUGCCACGCCUCGGGGGCGCCACGAACCCAACAGCCGCCCAAGCCGCCUUCCGGCUCGCGGUCUGCGGACGCGCUCGCAGUUGGGGGCCUCCGCCAACAGCUACCGUACCGUGCCGGGUGGCAGCCGCACGCUAGCGGGGUCAACGGCGCGGCAGGCGCAGGGGUCCUCGCCAAGGUUCGGAAGAGGACCUUGAAAAUGGCUUCUGGGCAUGCGCCACAGCGGCCGUUACGAGACGCAAAACCGACGCCUUGGAGCUGAGAGCCUAGAGGGACGGAGCUCGGCGCACCACGAGGCUUCCGGGGCCAAAGGCCGACCGUGAGAGCUCACGAGGUUGGCGAGCCCCGCGGGGAGGCCGAGGCGCAGGUGCGGGCGCCGGCUUAGCCGCGGCGGUAGCGUCACGCGGCGAGGCCGUGCGUGCGCGGGCGUCAGGGCGGCGCCGAGUUGAGGACGCUGGCGGCUCCGCGACGAGCUUUGUUUUUUCGGUUGGGCAUGCUGCUUACCGCAAGAUGAUGGAAGCGACGGCCCGUACAAAGACAGAAGCGUUGGUUUCAGUGAGCAGGGUUUCUUAAUACAACUGAGUCAGUGCUGAUUCUCUCAAAUAGAGCUUGAAGGAUAAAUCUUCAUUUUUGUUUCAACAAAACUUGGAAACAAAAUGGAAGAAAAUAAUCUACAGUGCAGUAGUGUGGUUGACGGUAAUUUUGAAGAAGUUCCCAGGGAGACGGCAAUUCAGUUUAAACCUCCACUAUACAGACAGCGGUACCAGUUCGUUAAAAAUUUAGUGGAUCAACAUGAGCCUAAGAAGGUUGCAGACCUGGGAUGUGGUGAUACUUCACUCUUAAGGCUGCUAAAAGUCAAUCCAUGCAUUGAAUUGCUUGUUGGAGUAGAUAUUAAUGAGGAUAAAUUACGAUGGAGAGGGGAUUCGUUAGCUCCUUUCCUGGGGGAUUUUCUGAAACCUCGGGAUCUGAAUUUGACCAUCACAUUGUAUCAUGGCUCCGUUGUGGAGAGAGACUCUCGUUUGCUUGGAUUUGACUUGAUAACGUGUAUUGAAUUAAUAGAACAUUUGGAUUCAGGUGAUCUGGCCAGAUUUCCUGAAGUGGUAUUUGGGUACCUGUCUCCAUCCAUGAUUGUCAUCAGCACACCAAACUCUGAAUUCAAUCCCCUGUUUCCAUCAGUGACCUUAAGAGAUUCAGAUCAUAAAUUUGAGUGGACCAGAAUGGAGUUUCAGACCUGGGCUUUAUAUGUGGCAAAUCGCUAUGAUUACUCUGUGGAGUUUACUGGUGUCGGGGAACCACCAGCUGGAGCUGAGAAUGUUGGAUACUGUACCCAGAUAGGAAUCUUCCGGAAAAAUGGAGGAAAGGCAACAGAAUCAUGUCUUUCAGAGCAGCAUGAUCAGCAUGUUUAUAAAGCUGUUUUUACCACCUCAUACCCAAGCUUACAGCAGGAAAGGUUCUUUAAACUUGUGUUGGUUAAUGAGGUGUCCCAACAAGUGGAAAGCUUAAGAGUGAGCCACCUGCCAAGGCGGAAAGAACAGGCUGGGGAACAGGGUGAUAAGCCCAAAGACAUUGGUGGCUCAAAGGCCCCUGUCCCAUGCUUUGGACCAGUCUUCACAGAGGUUGAGAAGGCCAAGAUAGAGAACUCUCCCACACCCUUCUGUGUUGGAGAUAAAUUUUUCGUACCUCUGCAGAGACUCCUUGCGUAUCCCAAGUUGAACCGCUUAUGUGCUAAUGAAGAGAUGAUGAGAUCGGUCAUUGCUGACUCAAUUCCUCUGAGCAGUGAUGGUUCUGCAGUGGUGGCUGACCUGCGUAAUUAUUUUGAUGAACAGUUUGAGUUUUGAACCAUGUUUAUUUCCUGAAAUUUCAGGGUCUCAGCGAUAGUUGUGCUCACUUAGAAUUGUUUUUUUUGUGUAAUCCUAAUUCAAGUAAUGUUUUUAAAGUUUCACUGCAAAAGUCUAUGUUCCAAGCCAUUGGACAGACCUGCUUGAGAUAUGGCCAGACUGCAGUGAGCCCUGAGAAAGAUAUGAGGGUUUAACUAAAAACGGGUGCUUUCCUUUGAUUUUGGACUUUUUUGUUUUCUCAAGAAUAAAGAAGUUGGAUGUGGUAAUAUGUUAA